UGAACAUAUAUUUCUCCAUUGCUUUAUCUAGUCUGUUCUAGAACGCGCUCAUACUCGGAGCGUUAACGAUGUAAUCGAGGAGGCUGUCGACACUAUGAUGCAGGUUCUGCCGAAAAUCUGGAAAACAGUCUCAAGAUUAGUCCCACGAUUGCUAGUUCCGUGUCGGUGAAAACACGAUUAGUAAUUGCGAUCACCUGGACCAUUUCCGAAAAAUAAAUCAUUUUGCGCGUAAUACCUAUGGGCAAAUUUUCAGACUCCCUUUUGAUCAUACUAUGAUUUUAAUUUCGAUAUCAAGGCCUUGACAUACAAAAAUUAUUUCCAGCAGUAGUCAAACAAGAUGGAGGAAUUCCCUAUGUCGUGAUAUUUCCCAAGUAUCAUCCAGAGACAACAUUAUUCUGCCACAGGCACACACAAUUUUGGCAGGAACAACAAACCAAACUCUUAUACAGUCUAUCACGCAAAAAAUCGAUAUAUAAUCGCCCUAUAACUAAGCGUAUGAAUUUUAUCUAUGUAUCUUUUACAAUAACUGUGUGUGCAAAUUUUGUUCUCUAACGUAUAUGUAGUCCUAGCAUUUUCACCUAAGUGUUCGAAUUAGACAUGAGUGCAGCUCUAUAGAUUGUUUGUUCUAUAAAAUAAUUGUUAUUAUUGCAACUUAGGUAAAAUAUAUCGAUAUGCACCGAGUUCAGCAUCCCGCUAGUCAGUUGCUGAUGUUUUCACAUCUCUGACGUCAGUUUCCUCGUGAAAUUCGCACAAUAUGCUCCUAGAAUGACAAACGAUAAUUAAUCUAAGAACCUCUCAUUUGCACAAGUCAGGAGUAUUCCUCAAAUUCUGGGCUAUUAGUUCUUUUCAUUGCAUUUUAUUAUUACAAGAUAUAUUGAUUCAAAUAAACCUGAUAAUAAACUUCCGCUUGUAAAUCAUUUAACAAAUCUUUUCCAUCAUAGAUUAAAAGUUUACGUUUGCCAAAGAUUUUUUUUCUCUAUAUGUUGACCGUUUUCAUCAAUAUUUUGAUGGGUGACUAGGUAUUUCAGAAAUAGGCACGAUUAGAUUAUGAAUGUCUUCUUCCCCAUCUUAUCUAUGAAAAAUUGCUAUUUAUACCACUGUUUGAAAUUUUUUUCUUUUCGAAUGUCGGAGCGAUCGCUUCUGGAACUAAAAUUUUAAAGGAACAUUUGGGACGAAUUUCGAUAGAAAGGAGGCAAAAACUUUGGCGUUUAGCGCGCUACAUAAAUACGAAGCGCUAAAAAAGACUGACAGCGCUCUUAGGAUUCUAUUUUGAAUAAAUAAUUUUGUUGGUAACUUAAUCAAAAUCGGUAUCGAUUUGAAAAUUUAUGUGUUGAAAACGGGCUAAGAAUUAGCAUUUAGUACGCCAAAUAAAGUGAACAAAAACAUUGAGACAUCUCCCACAGGAGCAUAUUUUGAAUCAACAGCAUUUUUUAUUUGGUCCAAAUCUGUUUCGAUUUAACAAAUCUAUUCAUGGAAAACCUGAACAUGAAAAUUCGACCCCAAAGUGUCGGAGCGAUGACCUAAGGUGGUCGCGAGUGAUACGAUGAAUGUAUAGAGCCUUAGGUUUCAACAUAGGCUCUGAAUUUCUUCGGUGAAGAUCAAAUUAAGAUAUUGUAUUUUUCCAAUGUUAGAUCUUAGUUUUCAAUGAGUUUCUCGAUCUUGUCUUUCCUUCACCGUCUGAUUUUUUCUUCCUCAAUUCUUGCCUUCUUCGCUCUUCCAUCGAAUCUUCAUCGGGUGAGUAACACAGUAUUUUAUCGUACAACUUACGCACACUGAACGCAUGCAUCAGGGAGCUGAUAGUGGCUGCCCUUGCUUCCAUAAUCAUUGCUUCCAACUGUAGACACAGGCGCAAUAAUUAUCUCUACCAGUAGAUGACAGCUUCUUCUACAAUUCUAAACCUGUUUUCUCUAAAUAUGUUUUUUUUUCAUCUAUCUUCAAAAUUCUAUUACUUUCAUCUUGAAGCCACAUGUGUUGAGGCUGUCCGAUAUUAGGCAUAUAUCCCCAGCCAUGUUCAGUCUCCUGCAUAUUUCUCGAUAUAAAUUCAUCCCGUUACCAUGGUUGCUUCAUACCAAGUUUCCCUCUAGAUUGCGAUGGAUGCAUCACGGGCAAACUCUUGCGGUCUCCGUGCUUCCCUCGGCCUCGUGGCAACACCACAGCGUCUUGCAUCAACACCACGAGGCCGCCACCCCUCACUCUGCUGCAGCGCAUGGCCCCUGCGUCAUCGUACCCAAUUGCCCUGGCCCCGCUGCUGCCCGGCACCUUCAGUCCGCUGACGUCCAGGAUCAGCGCCGAGGUCCUGACGGGGGACACGCCGCUCGUCUACAUCACCACCAAGGACACGCCUCUGUCCAGACGGCGGGGCAGCGCUGACGCUGUAUCAGGACAUGGCAACCACGAUGGCGGCAAAAUUGACGGCCAGGUCGCCACAGUCCUGCCCAACAACUGGAACUACUCGACCACGACAUCCACAGGAGAACCGUCCUACUCCGUGGACCCUAGGGGGGACCUGCUGACGCUGGACCCGUACUCGCUGUCUAGCAACGACCCUUGCCACUCGUCGCAUCUGCCCUGUAUCGCGUCCUCCAUGGCGAUGGCGCGGUCUCCCCUCAACCACAUAGCUCCUGGACUACACCAAACCUCCCUCACCCUCGCGUCCCCCAUCCUCGGGUGCUCAGGGUACCUCCAUAAGGAGUGCUGUACUCUCGCUGUCCCUGAGCAGUGGAGGGAACCCAAACUCCCGUACAUCAGGAGAAGAAGCGUUAAUGUUCCACUUAACGUCAGUCCCAAACACUACGCCUGAAAAUUCAGACAAGUUCAAUAUUUUUUAGUCAUCCUUUAAUUCUUAAAUAAACCACUUUCUGAGAAGUAUGAACUAUGAAUGCAAUUUAAUAUGUCGAUUUUUUAAGGUGUUUCCAUAUUGGUUUUGAUAACAGAUAUCAGGGAUUUAUGGUCGUGGAACAUUUUUGAACGGAAUGACAGAGCGCCAAAUCGAUGAAACCGCGAUAUUUUACCACGUUUUUCUUGACUUCGUUUCGUGU